UGAAAUAUUUAGGGCAGGGCAGGGCAAGGUAAGGCAAGGCAAAUAUAUCGUGUUUUACAGUGUGUAACAAUAGAUAAAAGAUGGUGAGAUCAACGUUGAUAUAUAGAUAUGAUGCACUUCCAUUAUGUGGAUCAGUUGACGAUGAUAAUGAUUCAUCAUUGAUGGAUCAAAAGAAGAAAUGUAAGAUUAUCAUUAGUCGAAUUACUCCCAAUUCAGAGACUCAAGCUACCAUUGAAUCUGGAAAUUAUAAUAUUAAUUAUUUAAUAUCAAAUAAUAUCAUAUAUCUUUGUAUAUGUGAUAAAUCAUAUCCUAGGAAGUUAUCAUUUUCAUAUUUACAAGAAAUAAGUAGUGAAUUCCAAAAUUCACAUGGUCAAGAAGCAUUGAGUAAAACUGCUAGACCAUAUGGAUUCAGUUCAUUUGAUAAUUUCUUAAGUAAAACUAAAAAGAUUUAUCAAGAUCAAAGAGCACAAUCAAAUUUAGAUAAAUUAAAUAAUGAUUUAGCUGAUGUCAAAAAGGUUAUGACCAAGAAUAUAGAAGAUUUGUUAUAUAGAGGUGAUUCACUUGAUAAAAUGAGUGAUUUAUCAUCCAUAUUAAAGAAUGAUUCAUUGAAAUAUAAAAGAAGAGCCCAAAGAAUAAAUUUAGAAGCUUUAAUAAGACAAUAUAUUCCUGUUGUUGGUGCUGGUUUAGUAUUUGUAUUCUUGGUUUGGUACAUGUUCCUUAGACGAUAAUUGUAUAAGUAUAUAUAUAUAUAUAUCUCAUAAUAAUAAUGAUUAUAAUCCAUAGUAAUAAUAUUUGAUAGAAUUUUAAAUGGCUGUAAAUCCAUUUCGAUCCGCAAAACAGGGUAAACAAAAACCCAAACAAAAAAAUAAAGAGGUGAUACUCCAGAUUUUAAGGAUUAAUCCAAUACUUUUACAACAAUUGAUGUCUAGCCAAGGUAAUGAUACAUCUAGUGCCAAUGCACCCCCUCAUGAUGAUAGAGAAAGUAUACCGAGGUUAUUAAUAACGCCUCCAUCGUUGACACCUACUUCAAUACUACCUCCGUCUAUUAGUCAACCGACUUUGGCAGUCAACUUAGAAAAUGUCAGUAAUGGUAUCAUAAAAGCAAUUGAUUAUUCAAAUAGUACUCCAGAUCAAUUACUUAGCUCAGGACCUAAAUUAUCUGUC